UGCCAGUAAAUCAUAUGGCCAGCAGGUGGCGUCCACAAUCAGUGCAGAGUGAGACGGAAGGAGCUCGGAGUAGCCUCCCCUUCCCCUCAAUGCUCCCGGGGCAGGGAGGGACAAGGGAGCCGGUGGAGGCUGAGUCAGAUUUCUGGGGCUGCUGUCAGGCAGUAGUGGGGGUGUUUUGCCGCAGAGGUACCCCGGCGUGCCACCUAUCGCCAGUAUUCGGGUACUAACACACUGGCAUUGCAGGAGGGUCUUCCAGCCCGUGCCGCUGGCCCCAGAACAGCCCUGUUUGCAUGCAGCCCUGGUACACAGGCAAGGCACUGUUGAAAAACCAAUAUGAUGGGAAAGGCAAGCCAUUGUAGUUAUGUGCUCCAGCAGCUCUACAACCAGAGAGAAUGGGGAUUCCUCUGUGACUGUUCGGUCUCCAUCAAUGACAUAUACUUCCAAGCUCACAAGGCCGUCCUUGCAGCUUGCAGUUCUUAUUUUAAGAUGAUGUUUAUAAACCAUCAGCACACGGUGGCACAAAUCAACCUUACCAACACAAAGAUCAGCGCGGAAUGUUUUGAUCUCAUAUUGCAGUUUAUGUACUUGGGUAAAAUCUUGAACGCUCCGGAGAAUUUUGAACAGCUGAAACACGCCAUGAGUUACCUGCAGCUGUAUGUUGUCCCUGAUUGCUUGGAAGAUAUUCAGGAUAUAGAUUCCUCUAUCAAAUGUUCCUCUUCUGCAUCUAGUAGUCUGAGCAAUAAAAUGGUUUUUGGUGUCCGGAUGUAUGAAGGACCCUUGGCGAAGAGUGAAGAGGAACCAAGUAGGUGGACAUCCGAGCCGGCCUUAUCUGUAAAUACUGUGCACGAAAAACAAGCUAACAGCAUUGUGCCUCUCACAUUCCGUAAACAGAUGCAGAACACCUGCAAGAAAACGCCUCCCCCAAAAGUGUCUAACACAAGGGAGCGUGGAACCAGGCGCUUUGGGCGGAGCUACACUUGCGAGAGCUGUGGAUUUGUGUUCAGUUGUGAAAAGCUUUUGGAUGAGCACUCUCAAACCUGCACCAAUAGGCAUUUUUUCCAGAACCAAGAACAGACUGGCAACGAGCAGAGCCAAAGUGGGAGCGAAUCACCCGUCUCAAAGUUUUCUCCAACCCAUGACAGUACAAAUAAAGUAGACUCAAGUCAAUCCGUGGAGGAAAGCUUGUCUUCCACAAGUACAAAAGACCUGUCCACUACGUUGAAAAACUCAAUCAUAGACACUAGUGAGAAAAACCCAGUAAUUAUAAAAAUCGAGUCUGACGAGAACUCCAUUGUAGAAAUGGAUGAUAUUAAUAUUGUGAAAAUCUCUGAUAAAGAUUAUUUUGAAUCAUCUGACAUAGAUGACUUAGAAGACGAGCCUGACGAGCCUGUUGGUGCUUACUAUCUCCGAGAACAAUACAACCAAAGUAUGAGUGAGAAAUUAUCUAUGAAUUUGCAGCCAGGAUGCAGAAAAGAUGUUGCCUUCAUGAAUCGAAGUGGAGGUAUGGCCAGUGAGUCUACUUCCGAUAUGGUGUGUGACCUCUGUGGUUUGACCAUCACAGAGCAUGACCUCUCAUCUCAUUACUUGUCCAAGCAUAUAGAAAAUAUAUGUGCAUGUGGAAAGUGUGGCCAAAUUCUUGUGAAAGGUAGACAGUUGCAGGAGCAUGCCCAGAGAUGUGGUGGACCUCAGGAGCAACUGGAGGAUGAUGCAAGGAAUGUUGAUGAGAGAAUGCACUUUGAAGAUGGUAUGGAAGAGUCAUCUGCAGGGGGAGAGGUACUGGUGGACAUGUGGGAUGAUGUCAAUGAAAGCAACAUUCCAAAACAAGUUUAUAAGCAUUCCUCCUGCCCUUACCGCUGUCCUAAUUGCGGGCAGCGCUUUGAGUCUGAGAACCUGGUGGUAGAACAUAUGUCUCAAUGUUUCGAUCAUGAAGUCUACAGGAGUUCCGUUUCUGAUGAGACUGAUCGAGAUCACCGAAGGAAACACUUUUGCGAUAUAUGUGGUAAAGGCUUUUACCAGCGCUGUCAUCUAAGGGAACAUUACACUGUACACACCAAGGAAAAACAGUUUUCAUGCCAGACUUGUGGGAAGCAGUUUUUACGGGAGCGCCAACUCAGGCUGCAUAAUGAUAUGCACACGGGCAUGGCUAGAUAUGUUUGCUCCAUGUGCGACCAAGGCAAUUUUCGAAAACACGACCAUGUGCGUCACAUGAUCUCCCAUUUAUCGGCAGGAGAAACUAUAUGUCAAAUUUGCUUUCAGAUCUUCCCGAAUAACAACCUUCUUGAACAGCAUAUGGAUAUCCACCUGUACACUUGCGGAGUGUGUGGGGCAAAGUUUAAUUUGAGAAAAGAUAUGCGUGCGCACUAUAAUUCUAAGCAUUUUAAAAAAGCUUAGGAAUCUUAAUGACUAAACUUCUCUAUUGUAAAACCAAAGCUUUAAUUAUUAACACAAGACUUAUAUUUAAAAGACAAUUCUGCACAUCUGUUUUAUUUCAACAAAACCCGGGUUAUACUUUCGUUGGGAGAAGUAUUUAGCAUCCUGAGUAAAUAUGUACAACGUACUUGUGAAGAAUUUAAAUGAGAUUCCAAAAUCUUUUCUUUCUUUUUGUAUACUUUUUUUAUUUUUGCUUUUCAUUAUAUUUGUAUUCUAAUUGUUACAAUAUAGAGUUCCUUGGAAAA